AUUCACCAAAAAUCAUGUCAAACAUUUUCAAAUUCAUACUCUUAAUUGAAAUUAUUUUAGCCAAUUUAUUACAAAUUUCAUUCUCUUCCGUUGUUUCCACUGGAAAUUUCAAUCAAGAUUUCUUUGUAACAUGGUCUCCUAGCCAUGUCAACACUUCUGCUGAUGGUAGGACAAGAAGCUUGAAACUUGACCAAGAAUCUGGAUCCGGAUUUGCAUCGAACCAGAUGUUCUUGUUCGGUCGGAUUGAUAUGCAAAUCAAACUAGUUACAGGACAUUCAGCAGGAACAGUUGUGGCAUUUUAUUUGACAUCAGAUCAACCAAAUCGAGAUGAGAUAGAUUUUGAGUUUCUUGGGAAUGUGAGUGGGCAGCCAUAUAUUCUUCAGACAAAUGUGUUUGCUGAUGGGUUUGAUGAUCGUGAAGAAAGAAUUUAUCUUUGGUUUGAUCCUACUAAAGACUUCCAUACUUAUUCUGUCUUGUGGAACCUUCACCAGAUUGUGUUUAUGGUGGACUGGAUUCCAAUAAGAGUAUACAGAAACCAUGCAGACAAAGGAGUAGCAUAUCCUAGGUGGCAGCCAAUGGGGAUAAAAAUCAGCCUAUGGAAUGGUGACAGCUGGGCAACAAGAGGUGGAAAAGACAAGGUUGAUUGGUCAAAAGGUCCCUUCAUAGCUUCAUUCAGAAAUUACAACAUUGAUGCUUGUGUUUGGAAUGGAAAUCCUAGGUUUUGCAGAGCUGAAAGCUCCACAAAUUGGUGGAAUAAAGACAGAUACUCAACUCUUACAUCAACACAGAGAAGAUGGUUCAAGUGGGUGAGGCUGCACCAUAUGAUUUAUGACUAUUGCCAAGAUAAUAAGAGAUUCCAAAACAAUCUUCCUAAAGAGUGUCUCCUCCCUAAAUAUUGAUUUUCAAAAAUAUUUUUUUUUAUUUUUUUUUCUGAAUUUUAAUUCUGGGUUAAUGGAUUGAUUGGUUGUAUAAUAAUUAUUGGAACAAUUUUCAAGCUAUGUUAAUAAAAUUUUUAGUUU